CGGAAAUAUUGGAUAUUGGAUAAAAUCUGUAGGUCAAGGUCACGUUCGUGUGUCUGUACAUCCGCUAAGUUUCAGAAAAUUGCAUUUUAAUCUUUUCAAAAAAAUGAACGAGUCUUUAGCCAACGGGAUUGUUAAAACUAUGUUGUGUGGUUUGUGCAUGAAAACGUCUUCAUACGUCUGUCCUCGUUGUGGUAUUAAUUACUGUUCAUUAGCUUGUUAUCGAAAUGAAAAACACAAAGACUGCUCCGAAUCGUUUUAUCGAGAUUGCUGUAUUGAAUCACUGCGCUGUACUUUUUCUAAACAGUCAGAAAGAUCGCACAUGACAAAUGUACUAAAGCGUGAAUCACAUGCCUUAUCUGAUGACUUACAGCUGGUAAAUAUGAAAUGCGAAGUAGACGAUAAUUAUACAAAUGAUAAGGAUGAGAAUAUUGAAGAUGAUUUACAAACUCGUUUCAGUGAUUUAAAUUUGGAAAGUGAAGAUGUUGAUGUUAUUUGGUCACGUUUGACCCUGAAAGAAAAACGAGAUUUCAACCGAUUUAUUCAGUCGGAUGCUUUAGUUCAUUUCAUACCGACAUGGACUCCUUGGUGGUUAGAACAGAAACCAAUCAUUGUAGAAAUAAAUCAGCAGAAUGAUUCAGUGAUAAAAUCGUGUACCUCAUCUACAGUCCAAUCAUUAAAUCAUUUUUUACCAUCCGGAAUAUCACCUCAUCCUUCAGUUGGGUAUAUUUUAGCAGAUGUAUUGUUGGGAUAUGCUUUUGUUAUGAGGUUCUACAAUGGUGACUACAUGGACUUAAUCGAUGACGCAGCAACUGUUCUGUGUAAUAUAGUUUUAUCAUUCACAAAAUCUCAGACUACUCCUAUUAAAAAUAAUAAUCCAUCAUCAGAUUAUUUAAAGAAAACAAGAAUAAUUAAAGAACGUAGUGAAAAAGAUUCUACUCAUCAAUAUGAAUGUAUAAAUGAUAUUCUUGCUGCAGUUCAAUAUAAACUUAUGGAAUUAAAUUUACCUUGUGAUUCCUCAAUCAUGAUAUUAUUGCUUGAAGAUCUUAGUCACCUAAUAAAUAACAUGGGAUUUUGUAAGAAAGCCCUGCAAGACAUACAUAGAUUAAUAAUAAGGUUCAGGAAAGCUCUUCGUUCUGACAGUAACAUGAAUACAAAUGAAAAUUUACGAAUAAAAGCAAAAGUUGCUCAUCAUAAAUUGCUUUUUCUUCAAGCUUGCCUUGAUGAGAAUAAUCAAGUGGCUAAACGUUGGCAAACAAACGUUUUACCCAAGUUAUGGAAUCAAAUAUCCAAUGAAUUAAUUCAACGGAUUCAUGAUCGUGAAAAUUUAUGCACUAAUACACGCUGUGAAAAAUCUGCCGGCCCAAAAUGGCGUAAUAUUAUUCGAGAUGAGAAUAAUCACAAGAAUUCUUAUCAUACGUUGGUUGAGUCGCUUGACGCUAAAAGCUAAACGUUUUACAAUCUCUUCAGUGCAUGUACAUAAUAUAGAUAUUUUAAUAUUUUGCUUAUGACAAAAAAUUC